CGAAAAGGUGCAUGAUCUGAAUGAUGGUGACGGAUACAAAGCUUUACCUGGUUCUUGGCAUAUUAAUUCAUUUCAUAGGUGUAAGGCAUGCUGGAUACUGCACAGAAAGCUACACCUGCUACGCUACCUGCUACAAGAAAACAAAGACAACAACCGGUUGCUGGUUAAUUGGUAGAUGUUCAAAAUACAAAAGACAAAGUUACAGCUGCAGGCGAACAUGUUACAGAAAAGUUUGUUGUAGUGGUUAUACUGGUAGCGACUGCUCUAUUCCUAAAUGUUUUGGAUCAACAAAAUGCCCCAAUGGAGGAACAUGCGUGCAACCUGAUAAGUGUACCUGUCCUGCUGGAUUCUCUUCUCCACGAUGUGCAGAUGUGAACGAAUGUUCUGCAAGUUCGAACAAAUGUGAUCAUAAAUGCACGAAUACGCACGGGUCCUAUAGAUGUUCGUGUAACAGUGGUUAUCAGCUUCUUGCUGACGGAUAUUCUUGUCAAGAUAUCAAUGAAUGCGCCAAGGGAAUUGCGGGAUGUGAUCACUCAUGCGGCAAUACUGUUGGUUCAUUUCAGUGUUCAUGUAGAAGUGGUUACGAAUUGUCUUCAGAUCGUAAAAAAUGCAAAGAUAUCGAUGAAUGUACAAAAGGGACACCUAGAUGUCAGCACACAUGUAAAAAUUCUGUUGGAUCAUUUUCCUGUGCUUGCAAUAAAGGAUUCCAGCUAGCAAUUAACGGAAAAUCGUGUGCAGAUAUCGAUGAAUGUGUAGAUGGGAGUGCUAAUUGUGAAGUUUACUGCGUCAACACUGUUGGCUCAUAUAAAUGUGAAUGUCAUCAAGGGUAUGAACUUAGCGACAAUGGCGCUAGCUGUAAAGACAUCGACGAAUGUUUCAAGGCAAACGGCGGCUGCAAUCAGACAUGUGUGAAUGAACCCGGAACAUAUCACUGCGAAUGUAAAGAUGGCUUUCAGCAAGGAACAAACGCAAAAACUUGUUUUGACAUUGACGAAUGUAAAGAAGGCAUAUCUGGAUGUUCACAGAGAUGUCAGAAUGAACCUGGAUCCUUUGCCUGUAGUUGUGAUACAGGUUAUGAAUUACAAGAAGACUUGAAAACGUGCUCUGAUAUAAAUGACUGUGAAGGAGUCACCUGUGAGCAUGGCGGCGCAUGCAAAGAUGGAUUAAAUUCGUAUUCCUGUUCGUGUAUGUCUGGAUAUACAUCUGCGCACUGCGAAACAGAUAUUAACGAGUGUCUUACACAUAACGGUGGAUGUCAAGAGGUUUGCAUGAAUACAGAAGGCGCUUACCAAUGCGGAUGUUACGACGGCCGCGAGUUACACGCAGACGGAAUAACAUGUCCAGGAGGCGGUAAUCCAGAUGGGGAUGUUUUCGAAAGGUAUGAAAUAGGCGGCGGUCUGCUGCCAAAAGCAUGCUUCGUUUUGCCACUAACAGGAUGUACGCAUGGUACAGAUACAAAUAUACAAUUAACUUCAACGUCAGAGUGGUAUAGCCUGGUCAAACAGCCAUCAGUCUUCUUUACACUUGGCAUAACUUUUGUCAAAGUUAAUGUUUUGUCGUUACCAAUAUCGAUUCGUGGUUUGGAAGUAAUGAUGUCUGAAGGACAGUUCAACCUUAACCAUGGUACUACAUAUAACACAGAGGACGGUUCAGUGUUUGUAAGCAACGAAACACAACCUGACUGUAAAUCAUUUGAGCUUGUGGAGUCUGAUAUAUUCGAUUUCAUAUCUCAUGGUUCCUUUUUCAGAACUUUGCUAGUUUCCCUCUUUCCAACUCUACCUAACUGGAUAAGCUUUGAUAAAUCUAGUGAUUCAGUACUUUCAGUUCAAGACAUGAAAAGCGAUUUAAUCUAUGGUAAGGACAUGGACGAAAAGGAAUGGUGUGAUGGUGCACCCGUAAAAAAGGAUCAUCUUUACACCGCUUUUACGUUUGAUUCUAACUUUUCGUUGAGCGUUUUAGGCAGGGAUGUCAAACUUCCCGUUCCGAUGAAAGGCAACAAAUUUUGUGUCAUUGUCGACCUGUGUCACGCUAACGGAGGCAGUGUUUUCUUAAUGAUACCAACAGCGUCGAGAAAAUUCUUGGAAAACGUUAAUAUAUUUCAACAGUUAAAACAAAAAUACAGUCUUGAAAUUCUUCCAAGAGGGAUUGGUAUUUCUGUUGUUAAUGGAAUAAAUGUUCAUAGUCACAAGUCAGAACUUAAACUAUGGAACGGAGACACAACUUUCAAAUAUCCUGUCUUUGAUCGUGGUGAUGUUUGGGUUGGAGGAAAUAUGCUCAUAAACGAAAACUUGAAAUCGGAUACGGCGUGGAUAGUUGAUGGCAAUGCGGAUAUCUAUUUUGACGUGCCGAGUGUGAAAAAUUUACUAACAUCUAUUUUUGUUGACAAGUGGAAUAUAUUUGUUGACAUCAAAAUGAAAGUCACGUUGAAAAUGAAACUGUUUGGAAAAGAUUUCGCCAUAAAUCUAGCAGAGGCUGCUGUGGAAUCGUAUGCAUCUAUUGGUGGUAAAGAGAGGCUCUGGUGUGGAGAAUCUUCGAACCCGCCUGGAAUUUUCUUUUCUGUACUUCUGGAAAUUAACCCAUUCAAAGGUGUUCCAUUAUUGGGAGACUGGGUGUUACAUAACAGGCAUAUCGCAUAUGUCUUUGUCAAUUAUGAAGUUCAAGACAUAUUUUACGACACUGACAUAAAAAACGACAUUCUAGAUUUAGAUAAAAGUGUUGACAGAAUCGUGAAGCUACUUACCACUACAGUAAAUGCCCUAGACAUUGUAUUUAAAGAUACAAUUCAAGCAAUAUUACGUGAUGUUACAACUAUCCUUAGUUCGUUGAAAACUCUUCUUCAAAAUAUGUUGAAGCAGUUAGUGUCUGGGACAUUAAUGGAUGUAAAACGGGUUUUAGAAAAGGUAUGGGUAACAUUCGUGAAUAUGGAAAAUAUAAUUAGAAUAUUCUUUGACGAGACAGAAUUUAUUUUGCAAGAGCUCUUCAUAAGCUUUAAAAACCUACUGAAAACUGAAUUGGAUGCCUUGAAAACAAAGCUAGCAAAAUCUUUGAACGAAAUGACGAAUAGUUUAAUACGAUUGGCUUCCUCGUUCACAGGGUUUGGUCUAAAGUACACAGUUAAUGUAAAAUUAAUUGGAUUGACUUUAGGUGAAAUUGACAUUGAACUUGUGUAUUCAAGCGACAGUCUUUUACAGUGCAGUAGAUUUGAUAAUGUAAAAGAACAUCUAAAAGGCGAAAAUGCCUUAAGGUAUAUUGGAAGAGUAACUUAUCCGAGAAAAUUAAAUUUCUUCUUAACAUGCGAUAUCGGGGGAGGUAUUGGAGGCGCCUUUUCAACAAGCAGUCAACAUUUUGUUAUGCAAGUUCAAGUAUUUGCGCGUUUGCUAGGUGUGAAUGCUACGGGGGAUUUGUUUAUAACAAGAAAUGGCCUCUAUCUAUACAUUGAGGGAAACAUUUGGAAUAUAUUUUUAGCACAAGUCGACAUAUCUGCAGAGUAUGGUAAGGAUUGGAACGCUCUAUCAUUUAGGGUGAAGGGCAGAUUUGUAUCAAAAGUUCGAAAUCGCCGACAAACACAAACCGUUAACUCCUCUUUUAAAGACAGCUAUUUGGAUGGUCUUAAAAAGGCAAUAAAUUUCAUUGCUGAUACUGCAAAUAAGAGAUUAAGUCAAGCACAGACGUUGCUCACAAACGCCCAGAAUGGAUUUUCUAAAGCACAGUCAUGGCUUGAAAACAUGCAGACGAAAGUAAGAAAUGCAGAUGCGGCAUUUGAUAAAGCCAUUAACUCUCUUGAAGCGGUCAAAAAGAAGCUUGACGAAGCCAAGAAACCUUUCGAAGAAGCUAUGAGAAAACUUGAGAAAGCUCAGAAAGACGUGGAUAAUCUUUGUAAAAUAAAAACAUGUAAGACAUUUUGUAUACCUGGUAUGAAGUGCAGAAUAUGUCACAAAAGAGUUUGGGGUGGCAGAGUAUCAUACCCUUGUUGUUCAUUUACAAAAUGUAUAAUAAAACUUCCAGAUCCACUUUGUGUUUUAGCGAACGUAGCUUGCAGGAUAGUCAGAGCUGCAGCAUAUUUAUUGCUAGAACUUGCUAAAAUAUUUGUUAGAUUGCCUAUGAUUGCAUUUGAGGCCGCGAAAGUCGCAGUUUCAGUGGCUCAAGUAGUUGUCGAUAAAUCCAGAGUAGUUUUACUAGUGGCCGAAGGUCUUCUUGAAAUGGCUCAAAUUGGACUUGAAUUCGCAAAAAGUGUACUAGAAGCUGCAAAACUUGCUUUAGAAGGUGUUAAAUUUGCUCUUGGAGCCGCGGCAAAGGUGUUAGAACUUGUCCUUGAAGUCGGCAUAAAAACUAUAAUUGACGUUAGAAACUGUGGCUUUGACGUCCAAAUAUCGACCAAAGAUCUCCCAGUGUUUGCUGUCUUUUGUGAUGUUAAUGCAUUCCAGUUAGGCUGGACCACCAUAAAUAUUAAAAUUAAUUUUAAAAAUAUUGCUCAAAGUGUUUGGAAUGCAGCACGUGCAACAAUCGAUAUGUUGAUGAAACAAAUUGGCAAUGUAAUCGGUAUAGGCCGAAGACGUAGGGAGAUUCAUUUUAGAUCUACUGCCAAAAUUCACUCAAGUAUUCUACGAAAUAUUAGAGACGUUGAAAAAUCAAACACUACUGAAACGUACCUUAAUGAAAGCUUAGACAUCGCUGAUAGUAUUGCUGGGCUAGGUGAGGACAUUGAUGACGAUUAUGCAAGUAGGGUACUUCUUUUUGAAGAAAAAUGUCAAAAGAUAUCCGUUGUGAUGGAUUUUAUGCAUGAGGCAUUUGAUUCCCUCCAUACCAUUGUUAAUGAGUCAAAGCAGUAUAUCAAUGAAAUGAAUUCCCUAAAGGGGGAACUACAACAGUUUACGACUGAAGGUCUGUCGGAGAAUAUGACUUUAGAUAAUAUGGGAAUAAGCAAGGAGUACGCUGAAAGUGAUUAUAAUAUGACAGAAGAAGAUCUAACUAAAGCUAUGGAAGAAACGAAAGCGUCAAUCAAAGACGAUCCUCUUCUUCACGAAAUCACUACUGCUGCAAAUUUUUCUAUGGAAAAUCUAGACGAAGAAAUGGAGUCAAUAGGAUCUAUAAAUUUUCUAGACAACUGGUUAGUGGCUAUGGCAAAUAUAAGCAAAGAAUAUUUCAAUGAAACUGAGUGCAAAGGAUUCAAUGAUUGUGUAUUUUAUGCUGUAUCUGUCCUGUAUGAUCUCUACGAAGCGGAAGAAGUACCCGAUAUUGACAACAUAAGAAGUUCAAUUCUUGAUCUUGAAAAUGUUUUAAUAGAACUGUUUCAGAAUGAGACACAAGCAAUUCCUGACGUGUCUAUUGCAAUAGACAAUGUAACUACAAACGUUGCCUUCUUAGUUAAUAUGAACCCAUUUUGUUCUCUGGCUCCUGUUUUUCUUUCUGAUUUAUAUAAUAAGACGGUACUGUCCUCCUCAGAAGUUGUAUUUGUAUGUAAUACGACAGGAAAUCCGUAUCCGCAGUAUUGGUGGCUGAAAAAUGAAGAAUAUAUACCAAAUGAAAAUCUCCAGCAAUUGACAUUUUCAAGGGUAUCAACGGAUGACACUGGCAUAUACAAAUGUAUCUCUGGCAAUGUUGUGGCAAACAUUACUUCUAAUGGCGCUUAUCUUUCUGUUGUAGCGUAUGAUGACAACGAAUGUGAAACCAGUAAUGGUGGAUGCGAACAUCUUUGUCAUAAUAUUAUUGGGUCGUAUGAAUGCAGUUGCCAUACAGGGUACCAGCUGAAUGAAGACACGAUGACAUGUUCUGAUAUCAAUGAAUGUCUCGAUGAUAGCUCCGGGUGUGCUCACAAAUGUACAAACACUGAGGAAUCUUUCCGAUGUGACUGUUUUAUAGGCUUUGUAUUACACGAAAACGAGCGUGACUGCCAAGGGGAGUCAGAGGACAAGACUGAGACAGCAGAAAGCCAGUUGACAAAAAAUAUAGCAUUGGCUGUAGCAGGUGGUCUUCUUGCCACAGGAAUAGUCGUCAUAUCUGUGAUUUUCGUCUACGCUAAAGCCGCAAGUAAAGUAAAGGUACUUCCGGAUAUGAAGAUCCCUCCUGAUGGGCCUGUUGUAGAAGUGGAUCAAACUCUUAGACCAAAAAAGACAACAUUCAGCAAGCGUUUAAAUCCUACAAAAGUCGGCUGGACUGAAUAGCAGAUUACAAUUCAAAUCGAUGUGACAAUGUGUCUAAGAUAUAUCAUUAGUUUUGGGACGCAAUACUUGAUAAUUGUGAUUGUUUUACAAUAUCUUUAGUUUUCACUUUUAUGUUCUUUAUUCAUAUUAAUCAGGACAGAUGUAUUAUUAAGGAAUAAAGAUAGUUAUCAUUUGAUUAGCAAAUUACUUUAACCAUGCAUUUUGUAUUUUCGUUGCAUCUAUUCUAUUCAAGUGCUUAAGACUAUAAAUUCAGUACCCAUGUGGAAAUAUUUGAUUAAAUAUUUAUGCCAGAUUCAAAUGAAAUUGAUUUAUACGAUAUCCUUGUGUAGAUAGAGAUAAAGAAUAAUAGUACAAAUGAUAAGGCUUUUCCUGAAUGUUUCAAACUUGAAGACUACACGAAAACUAAGCGUAAGAGAAAUUGAUGAAACAGAGUGUAGCUUUUUAAAUAACCUUUUCUAAUUGUUAAGUUUCAGUCUUCCAAUUUUAAAAGGAAACAUUGAAUCAAAAUAAAUGUGUAUGUUAAUUCAUUUUCUUUUUUCAGGUCUAAGUGCUUUGUUAAAACUAGAUAUUUUAUGCAAAUUUUUGUCAGCAAAACAACCGACUAGAUUCAUUGAAUGUCACUUAUGUAUCGUUUUGUAACAAGAACUCUUCCAGCUUUGUGUCCCAUUUAUUGUUGUGUAAUGUAACAAAUGAUUCAUUGAACAUUCUCAUAUACUUUUUAAUGAAAAAGCAUGUAAAGUCAUUUCGGAAAUACCGUUUAUAUGUAAGCCAGAGAAGAAAGAAACCGUAUCAGUGUUAC